GGCUCUAGGGCGGCAGAUAAGGCUGUUGCCAUGGUGAUGAAGGAGAUACCGAGGGAGGAGUCUGCAGAGGAAAAGCCCCUCCUUACUAUGACAUCACAGCUGGUGAAUGAGCAACAAGAAAGCAGACCCCUCCUGAGUCCUUCUAUUGAUGACUUUCUCUGUGAAACCAAAUCAGAGGCUAUUGCAAGGCCGGUAACAUCGAAUACAGCAGAUCCACUUAAACAGAGACUGACCACCUACACAGAUGAAACAGCACAACUGAUUAGACAUAAAGUUCUGCCUAAAACAUCUACUAAACAAACUGAAAAAAAAGAGAAAAUAUUGUCCACAGGUUUGGAUCUCUUGGACCUCAGUGAACCUGUCAUACAAACCCAAAGCAAGGUGAAGAAGUCAGAGAAUGCAUCCCGAGAUGAAGGCUUGAAGGCUGCAGCCCAUAGAAAGAAGACAGACAGCUCAGACCUUAUUAAAGCAGAUGCUGAGCAGAAGGUCCUGGCAGUCAGAGGUCCAGAGAAGUCUUCAUUAGAUUUAGUCAAUAUUCAGACACAGCUAGAGAAAUGGGAUGAAGUGAACUUUCAUGGAGAUAGGACCAGCAAGGGCCAUCCAUCUACUGAACGAACAUCAUCAUCUAGAGCUCCAUCAAAAGAGCUUUUAUGGUCUACAGAGAACAGGUCACAGUCUGAGCUGGCCAAAGUCAAGGGUGCCUUGGACUCAGAUUCAGCAUCAGAUUUAGAGCUAGCCCCAGCAACACAGGCACGAUCAACCAAAGAACAGCGCUGGGGAGGUCCACUCCUCUCCCGUAAUCACUCUAUGGAGGAGGAAUUUGAAAGAGCAAAGGCAGCUGUUGAGUCAGAUACAGAGUUUUGGGAUAAGAUGCAAGCAGAAUGGGAAGAAAUGGCUCGGAGGAACUGGAUAUCAGACAACCAGGAAGCUCAAGGGCAAGUAGCUGUUUCAACCAUUGAGAAGGGUUACUACUUUCAUACAGAAAACCCUUUCAAAGAUUGUCCUGGUGCUUUUGAGGAAGGAUUGAAAAAACUGAAAGGAGGAGACCUGCCUGUGGCAAUAUUAUACAUGGAGGCUGCUAUUCUACAAGAUCCCAAUGAUGCAGAGGCUUGGCAGUUCCUUGGAAUAACACAGGCAGAGAAUGAAAAUGAACAGGCAGCUAUUGUUGCCCUCCAGAGGUGCUUAGAACUACAGCCAAACAACUUAAAAGCUCUGAUGGCGUUGGCUGUAAGUUACACUAAUACUGGCCAUCAACAAGAGGCCUAUGGAGCUUUAAGAAACUGGAUAAAGCAAAACCCAAAAUACAAGUAUCUAGUGAAGAGCAAAAAAGGGUCUCCAGCACUUACCAGGAGAAAGUCUAAACCAGCAGAUGAAAGCUUGUUACUUGAAGAAGUAAAGGAUUUAUACCUGGAGGCAGCUCAUCAGAAUGGAGAUAUGAUAGACCCCGACUUGCAGACAGGACUGGGAGUACUCUUCCACCUCAAUGGAGAAUUCAACAGAGCAAUAGAUGCAUUUAGUGCUGCCUUAUCUGUUCGGCCAGAGGAUUAUACACUAUGGAACCGUCUGGGAGCAACCUUGGCCAAUGGGGAUCGAAGUGAGGAAGCUGUUGAGGCCUAUACUAGGGCUUUAGAAAUUCAACCCGGCUUCAUUAGGUCCAGAUAUAAUUUAGGAAUAAGCUGUAUCAACCUAGGAGCAUACAGGGAGGCUGUCAGUAAUUUCCUCACUGCUCUCAGCCUGCAGAGAAAGAGCAGGAAUCAACAGCAGGUUCCCCAUCCUGCAAUAUCAGGUAAUAUCUGGGCAGCUCUCAGGAUCGCUCUUUCUAUGAUGGACCAGCCAGAACUAUUUCAAGCUGCUAAUGUGGGUGACCUGGAUGUCCUAUUAAGAGCCUUUAACUUAGAGUUGUAAUCUAUAUAUAUAUAUAUAUCUAUAGAUAUAGCCAUGGAGGCACUUGGUUGUCCUGGAAAAAACAGAACUCUUUUCUUAUCUGUUUCAAGAUGACAAAGGACAUUUUCCAAAAGGCCAUGGCCAUGGCACUCUUGGGGGGUAUUGCCCAAUUCCUGGAAAAGUUCAAAAGCACAAAAUAUUGUAAAUAACAUCAAAAACUCAGAUGAAGGACUAAUAUGGGCAGCAACUCAUCUGACAAAGAUGCAACUUAGAUGAAGUAGUCAGACCUGAAGAACCUUCAUCCCAUGCAAGCUCUGUCUCUCUGUAUGCACACCUAUACAAUGAGAAAUAUAUCUAAGAGCAAAUCUAGAUAAUCUUUAUUCCAUAGCUGAGUGGCAAAUCCAAGGACCCUACAUAGUAGCUCAUCGCACUAAAUUGACACUGCACUGCCCUAUUUGAAGUUCCUAUUUUUUCCCCCCUGUAUUUUCCAAUUUAUCCAAAGUCCCCCUACCACAUAGGCCUGCAAGCAGGUACACAGGUUAAAAGCAUUUUUUAUUAUGAAUAUACAUUAGCUAUAAGUGAACAAGGACUUUGUUUGUAAAGAGACCUUGGUUGAAUUUUACUGGUGGGUCCACCUCUGCAGGCCUUCAAGAUCCCAUGGAAACCCCAUGGGAUUCCAGGGGAGUGCUGCAUAUGGAGGGCUUGCAGGACUGGGCCUUUUAGUCACUGGAGUGAUGAGCUUUGCAAGCAGUAGCAGUAAUUUGCACUUGAGUUUCUGUUGUUGACCCUUUUACCCCAAUCCUGCAAAGAGUAAGAGCGUACCUCUAUGGAGUGCCUGGCAGGAUGAGUGUCUGUGUAUGACGUAUGCACUUUAAUCUUUCCUUUUUAUGCUAUGAUUUUGGGGUUUUUUAUAUUUAGAAAUGAAAAUUGUAAUGCUAUAGCCAUGUUGGCAUAAAGGACCAAAUAUAACUUGAAAUGAGAGAGUUUUCCAGAGCCUAGUGUUUGAAAUAUUUAAUUGAUUACCUCAAGUGAAUAAAAUAUUUUGUUAUUCACAUACUGGUAGCAUUACACAUACAAAGACUGUACAGAUUAAUUGGAGGUUGGUGUCAUCUAAGAAAAAAAAAAUGUAUUCCUGCAGAAAAAAAGGAAAGGUUUUUUUUUAGGAGCUGAUGCCAUCAGACCCUACUCAGGAAAACGUCCAUUGAAGAGAGACAAUUUUCCUGAAUAAGGACUUAGAAACAAGACUUGAUGAUGCUCUCAUUGCAAUCAUUGGAAAAACUCCCAUUGAUUUCACAGUAGCCAAAUCAAGUCCUUAGUUUGCAUCAGUGGUCCUAACUACAGAACUAAGAACCACUCAAUCUGUGAGGUGCUGAGUCCUUCCUGUGAAAUACCAAACACCUUCAACUCUGCCCGAUUUCCAGGUGAGUUGAUCAACACACACACUAGAGUUGAGUGCAGUGAAGACCGAUGUUGAGUUGAGCACAAUGCACAUCAAUACUGGGUUGACUUGGAUGCAUUGCACUCUGCUGCUUGGGCUGGAGUUGCCGAGUGUAAAGUAACCUUCUGUUUGCACAAAAGGAAUCAAAGACAGGUAUAUAGAUUUCUAGAGUUCGUUUUCAACUGUUAACAUUUUUCGUAUUUUUCUUAAAUGGUGAUAAAAGCAUGUUUUACUUUAAAAAUGUACUGUACUGGUUUGUAUUCAGAAAAGAAUUGUACAGGGUAGUGCAGAAGUUGGGAAAACAGCACAUUUCUCAACGUUAAAACCCCCAUGGGCUGUAUCAAAAAGCUGAUGCACAGAUUUUACAGAGAAGGGGCUCUUUAGGUGUUGAACAAUUUCACUAGGACAAAGUCAGAAGUUUCUUAAAGCUGACCCUUAAUUUGAGCAAUCACUUCAAGCAAAAAUACUAUAGAAGAUAUUCUAAUUACAGCAUUUAAUUAGCAAGAGUAAGCCACUAAACAAGAACCAUCUAUUUAUGGUUUAUCAUUAAAUCAAAGACCCACAUAGACACCACAGAAGGGAGAUACUGAUAGACAACAACAGGUAUUUUUAAAUAGUCCUUUAAUAAUUCAUUAUUAAUAUGAAUUGUUCUUUAUUAGUAAGAGUACAGUAACAGAUCACUGCGGCUUUCCUUUUAAGUAUUGGGUACUGAAGACUGACUAGGAAAAUUCAUUUUAGUGCAAGAAGGCUUGCUGAAGACAGAUCAGCUGAAAGCAGUGUGGUUUUGCUUUGGCAGUGAUGUGGGAUGACAAACCUCAGGUACCACCAAAGCUGAGCAGAAGGCGCGGUGCAACUGAAACCUGGAAAUUGUAGAUGUUGGUGGCAAUCAAGAACAUAGGCAGUUUUGGAGAUGGGCAAUAGGGCUAAAAGCAUAGAGAUCGGGUCUAGCUUGUUGCCCUGCUAUCACACAAGUUCUUCCAGAAUAUCUUCCGUGCUGUGAUGGAGGAUAGUUCCCCGACACUUAUCCAGUAGAACUGGCUGUUCGGCGGGGUUAUUUUUAUGCCUUUCUAAUUAAAAAACAUAACAGCAUCUUCACAGAGCUAAAACAAGGAGGGUCAUUUGGAAGUGAUACUACAGAGCCAGCCUUACUUUCAGGAUUGUGAAGUAGCUGACUUGUUUUUAGUACAGGACCUUAAAUAUAUCUCACUGCUCUCAGCCACCAAACAAGGAGCAGGAAAAGGGGGUAUUACUUGAGUUAGCAAGGGACACUCGGCUCAAAGCUGGUUUGCCCAUGCACGGCCGACGGGAAAGGGAAUUGCCUGCAUACGUUAAGACUAUGUCUAUUCAAUAAACAUGUGUUCAAUAAACUGGUGCCGAGGGUUUUAGCUGUGCUGCUUCAGGCAGGUUGUCUUAAACCAAAAGCAAUGUAACCACUGCUCUGUGGUGCUGCAGGCAGGCUAGUUAGCACAGCUGAGUGACAGCACCAAUUAGCCUGUCCUAAGCUAAUUAGCAUGGAUACACCUAUAUGGGUUCUGCUCUGUAAAGCUGCCUGCCUGGAAUGGGGCAGUAUGUUCCAGCAUGCCAGUACUAGCCACUGUGUUUUCAGUAUAGAGGAGUGGAUCUCAACCUUUGUAGACUCCAGGCACCCCCUCACUGGACUCGAGGCACCCCUUGAACUUGUAUGAAUUGAGUUUCAAAAACUAUCUUAUGUGUUACAGUGCUAACCUCCCUGUAGAAGAGCCAGGCAGUGGGGACAGGAGAUGAGCCAGGCAGGAAUGUGUCUGCAUCUAUCUCCUUAUGUCCUCAUACAUGGCAUUCUCCUUGCACCGCAUGGCACCCAGGUUGAAAAUCACUGGUAAAGAUAUAGCCCUAGAGAUGUAUACAGUUGGGGAAAUAGGUAUGUAUACCCCUAACUUAGCAAAAGCACUUCAGUUCAUCUGUGAAGGAGGGUAUAGGCUAUAGAAGUCAUCCACAAGACUACACAGCCCCUAAGAGGCUUCAGCUGUGCAUGGCCAGCAGACUCCCAGCUAUAUAGAUCCAGUAGCCAAAUCUCUGCACGGAGGAUGGGCUGAAGAAGAUAUAGUGGCUGUUUCAGGUGGCUUCACUGGUAACCACUGAGCAGCACCGCUGGCGUUUUAUGCCUCGUCCCUAAGGUUUUGAGAAAGACAACUCAGGCUCGCAUGUGGGCCUGAACAUGAAAGUGGUGAGUGGGGGGAAGUGGAGCUACUGUAGAAAAGAGAGAACACAUGUAAGAGAGUAGAAAUGUAGUAAGAAAUUGAUGGAAAGGAAGAGAUUCAGAAAAGUAUGGAGGGGAAAUAAGCCCAACAGGAGUGAGCAAUUAUGGACAGGAGAGAGGCAAUGGCAGGUACCUCAAGGUGCGGUACUGCAGAAGGGGGUGGGAGGAGUUGCCCAGCUACUAGUCCAUCUCCAGAGGCCUCCGGCAAGGUGCUGGUUUGUAGGGUAGUGCAGUUCUUGACUGUAUACCCCACUCAGAGGUACAGGCAUGGAGGAGGGGUUGAUUCAAAUGCAGUCAGGACAAUAGGUAUUUCUCUGGAAAUCAUGGUAUAUUUUCCUUGCAUACUGAUAAGUGUCCCUGUGCCUUUGACAGCACUGAAAGACCACGUGGGGAAGCUGGUGCAUCUUGAUACUGGAGGAGGAGAACGCACAGGGAUUAACACUGCAACAGCAUGAGGCAGGAUGUACAGGAGAGCAGGCAAAACAUAGCCAGAGAACGACAGUUGGGUUAUCUGGAUUCUGGUGCUGAUGCUCUGUGAGAGCUUCAGCAAGUCGCAGCUUCCUUCGGCCUUAAAUUUACAAAGGGUGCAAAGGCAGAGGAGAAAUAAUGCUCAUCCCUCCUUUGUGAUAUCUCUGGCUGCAAAGCCUCAGGGGUGCAGGUAUUCUGUUAUCUGCACCUUUUGUUGCGCAAGUCGUUAUUUGUGUAAAUUGAGAAAAAGCUAAAAGUUAUUAUUGAGACUGCAGUGAGCCGAGCUGCAAUAGGAAACAGCCGUUCUGCACAGACACUGCUGCCUCUCUCAGCCGAACCUCAGAUAUUUUGGGGUUGGGGCCUGGGAACAGGCAUCGGAUCCAAAGUGCUAGUGAUUCUUUAGCUUAUCUUGAUCCCACCCUUUCUGCUUCUCCUUCUUGUUCCUCUCCCAUUUCUCCCAGAGUGACUCAUCCCAGCUGUGGUCACUAGGUCCAAGAUUUGAGCCUUUCCUCUCUGGUGCAUAGUUCAUGCCAUUUAAUAAACAUCUUCCUAGCCACUCAGCCUGACUUGUGUUGAUCCCUUUGCUUUCAGAGUCAUUGCAGCAAGUUAUCCUAGGUGGGGUAGGGGAGGCUGGGGCCGGCGCUGGACUGGCCCCAGCAGCUUUACCUGGGG